UCUAGGACUAGACCACACUUCAGAAUAGGCUACGGUGCUCUACCGCUAACAAGGACGCUUUUCUUUUGGAUUUCGCGUUUUUACCCUUUUUCUUUAAUAAAGACUUGUGUUCUUGACUGUUACAAAUAUGAAGGAAAGGAGAAAUCCACAGCCGUUGGUGGUGAGAUGUAAACUGGUUCUUGUUGGAGAUGUUCAAUGCGGAAAAACUGCGAUGUUGCAAGUCCUCGCGAAGGAUUGUUAUCCAGAGACUUAUGUGCCCACAGUGUUUGAGAACUACACAGCGUGUCUGGAACUAGAGGAGGAGCAGCGCGUGGAGCUCAGUCUGUGGGACACGUCAGGUUCUCCCUACUAUGACAACGUGAGGCCUCUCUGUUACAGUGACUCUGACGCGGUGCUCCUCUGUUUUGACAUCAGCCGCCCAGACACCUUCGACUGUGGGCUCAAGAAGUGGAAGACAGAGAUCUUAGAUUUCUGCCCCAGCACACGCAUCCUUCUCAUUGGCUGUAAGACCGACCUGCGCACAGACGUCUGCACCCUGAUGGAGCUGUCCAAUCAGAAACAGGUCCCCAUCACCCAUGAGCAGUAUCAGCUGCGGCGUGCGUGCGCCUAUGUCAGGUUCAUCAUUCUUGAGCACCGUGGGGUGGACGGCGCCUAUCAGGUUUAA